AUGAUAAGUCGCGAUGUCAACUUCGAUGAGUCGGCCUUUGGACUGUUGAUGCUGAUUUCCGAUGACGAUGUUGAUGGCCUGGACUUCGAAUCGAUCGAUCUUGAUGAUGAAGAACCGCGUCCGAGACACUUCAAACAAACAGGAAAGCGCAAGGCCCAACCCAGUCACGACAAUGACGACGCAAGCAUGCCCCGAGCAGUGCGCCAACGACCCGGAUUGGAAGAGUCAAGUGCGCCGGAUGACCUCUCUUCACGUCGAGCCAACGAAGAUGAAGAAAGGAAGUCGGAGGAACAACAUGACACACCGACUUCCUCCGCGUUUUGGCACGCGAGUGCAAACGCCGUCGAAGCAGCGGUCGAUUUUUCGGAGCCGUCGGCAUUUGAAGAAGCAGUGUCUGGCCCGGACCAAGUACACUGGCGCAAGGCAAUUGAUGCGGAGCUCGAUUCGAUGAAGCUUCGCGGUGUCUUUCGUGCGGCCAAGUUACCCAACGGACAAAGCGCCAUCGGCACAAAGUGGGUCUUCAAGAUCAAGCGCAAGGCGGAUGGGUCGAUCGAGAAAUACAAGGCACGACUUGUGGCCAAGGGUUUUCGCCAAAAGUAUGGCAUCGACUACACGGAGACGUUCUCGCCCGUGGUCAAGUAUGUGACGCUGCGAAUGGUCAUCGCCAUUACCAAGCACUUUGGAUGGCCCCUCGACCAGCUCGAUGUGGUGACUGCGUUCCUGUAUGGAGUGAUGAAGGAGAAGAUGUUCUGCGCUGUUCCGGAAGGCGUCAAGAUGGAAGGUGAUUUCGACUGUCUCGAGCUGAUCAAGGCGAUCUACGGUCUCAAGCAAGCCUCGCGUGUUUGGACCGAGACCUUCGACGAGUUCAUACGCUCGAUUGGUUUUCAAGCGUCGGGAUUCGAUCCAUGUCUCUACAUCAUGACUUCGGAAGGCCAUUGUGUGUUUGUGCUGGUCUACGUGGACGAUGUCUUGGUGACCGGAAGCUCGCUCGAGAUGAUUGCGCGCACCAAGAACGACCUCAAGACACGCUUCGAGAUGACGGACAGCGGCAAGUGUGCCUUUGUUCUUGGGAUCGAGUUAUUGGACGGUGAAGAUGGCAGCGUGACUAUGUGUCAGCGCCGUUAUGUCGACGAUGUCCUCAAGCGCUUUGGAAUGGAUGAGUGCAAGGCUGUGGCAAGUCCGGUGGACGUCAGCUCUCGACUGGUUCCGAGCAACUCUGCAAGCAAGGUGGAUGUCCCAUUCCGUGAAGCAGUGGGUGAUUUGAUGCAUCUGACGACUGCAACGCGACCGGACAUCGCCUAUGCUGUAAGCUUUGUGUCACGGUUCAUGGAGAAACCCCCAAGAAGAACACUGGGUUGCAGUCAAGCGCAUCUUCCGAUACCUACAAGGCACCAAGAUGCAUGGAAUCUGCUACAAGCCAAGUGCGAAGAUCGACUUUCGUGGCUAUUCAGAUGCAGACUGGGCCGGUGA